AUGGCAUCUUCUUCACAUUACCAUUAUCACAAAAAUAAUGAUGAUGAUGAUGAAAUGGAUACCGUAUUCGAUGAUCUCUUUGAAAAACCUGAAAUUUUUCCAGAACCUAAAGAACGCAAGAAAAGAAUUUUUAUCGAGAGAUACCGGGAACAAGGCCACAACAAACUUUGGAAUGAUUAUUUCAGCGAAAAUCCAACAUACAAGGAUAAUUUAUUUCGGCGACGGUUUCGAAUGAACAAACCAUUGUUCAUGCGCAUUGUGGAUCGUCUCUCAACCGAAAUACCAUAUUUUCACCAAACACCAGAUGCAGCCGGGCGAUCUGGUCUAUCUACCCUCCAAAAAUGCACUGCAGCAAUUCGUCAAUUGGCAUACGGUACUGCGGCGGAUACAGUUGACGAAUAUAUACGACUCGGUGAGACAACUGCUCGAAAAUGUUUGCACAAAUUUACUGCCGGAAUAAUCCAAUUGUUUGGCGAUGAAUAUCUAAGGCGUCCCACACCGGAGGAUCUAGAAAGACUACUUAAUGUUGGGGAAGAACGUGGCUUUCCGGGGAUGGUUGGAAUCAUCGACUGCAUGCAUUGGGAGUGGAAGAAUUGUCCCACUACUUGGAAAGGAAUGUAUUCACGAGGAACCGACAAACCAACACUUGUGUUGGAGGCGGUAGCUUCAUAUGACCUCUGGAUAUGGCACGCAUUUUUUGGAGCUCCAGGUACUAUGAAUGACCUUAAUAUUCUUGAUCAAUCACCUGUUUUUGAUGACAUGAUUAACGGGAUUGCUCCGCAAGUCAACUUCUACGUGAAUGGUAGGGAGUAUAAUUUGGCUUACUAUCUCACAGAUGGUAUUUAUCCAAAAUGGGCGACUUUUAUUCAAUCUAUCCGACUACCACAGGGUCCGAAAAAUAAAUUAUUUGCUAAAACCCAAGAAUCUGUGCGAAAAGAUGUUGAGCGUGCCUUUGGAGUUCUGCAAGCAAGAUUCGCCGUGGAGAAGGAGAAGGUGCAUAUUCCGUUAGUGAGGGUUCAAAUAUCGGGAAUUCUAUUGAUUCUCGGAAAAGAAUUCGGGAUAAACAAGCCCAUCAACAAUUAA